UCCAAUUAGCAAGGUACCGGAGCUUAAAGUGUCCUUGUUAUGCCCCCUGGCAGUAACAGGGUGCAGUGAUUCUCCGGUGCAGGAUAUACAGCAACAAGUAAGCAGUCCUUGCUUAAAGAAAGCUGCCGUCCUGGGACAGGAUUUUACUUAUGUACUUCAAUGUGAUAUUUAUUUUUUUGCAUCUGCAUUACACUUAAUGAAAUUAUGGCCAGUGCUGGCAAGAAGAAAUUUGUUACAAGAUAUCAACACAGCUUACCAGUGUUCAAACCCUUCCGCACCACCAGCAGGCAUGAUCACCCUAUUGAUAAUGCUGGCUUGUUUUCCUUCAUGACACUUAACUGGAUUACUCCACUUGCGAAGAAAGCUAACAGGUUAUGUGAACUUCAGAUGAACGACCUCUGGGGUCUGCCUUCUCAAGAGUCCUCUGAAGAGAAUUGUCGAAGGUUUCAACAUUUAUGGGAAGAAGAGCUAAGAAAGAGCGGGAAAGAGAAAGCCUCCCUAAGAUUAGUUAUGUGGCGCUUCUGCAGGACCAGAUCUUUACUCGCGUUGUUCUCUUUGAUCAUCACCAUGGUGACUAACUUUAUUGGACCUGCGGUUUUUAUCCGUGCAUUGUUAGAGUAUUCAGAAGCUCUGCAAUCAGAUCUUCUGAAAGGUCUGCUCCUUGUAUUUGGUAUUUUUAUAGCAGAGCUCAUUCGUUCCUGGUCUUUUGCACUAAAUUGGGCUCUCAACUACAGAACAGGAAUUCGGCUAAAGGGAGCCGUGCUAUCUAUGGCUUUCAAAAAGAUUCUGAAACUGAAAGAAUCAAAGGAUAUCACAGUAGGAGAGCUUGUUAACAUGUGCUCUAACGAUGGUUACAGACUUUUUGACGUGGCAGCGAUAGGCUGUACAUUGGCCGCAGGUCCCAUUAUUGCUGUCUUAGGAAUGGUAUAUACAGCUCUUUUCAUUGGACCAACAGCAUUGCUAGGUUCUGCAAUAUAUAUACUAUUUUAUCCAUUUAUGAUGCUGUCAUCACAAGUGACUGCCUAUUUUAGGAAAAAAUGCAUAGCUGUCACAGAUAAAAGAGUGCGGAUUAUGAAUGAAAUCUUAAAUUGUAUCAGGUUUAUAAAGAUGUAUGCUUGGGAGAAUACUUUCAUAUACAGUGUUCAAGCUAUCAGAAAGGAUGAGAAAGCAUUUUUGGAAAAGGCCGGUUAUGUGCAGAGUAUCACUUCUGGAAUAGCUCCUGUUAUUGUUGUUGUGGCUAGUGUCUGUACCUUUACACUACACAUGGCUCUAGGUUAUGAUCUAAGUGCACCAGAGGCCUUCACAGUUUUAGCAAUAUUCAAUGCGAUGACAUCAGCUCUGAAAAUGAUUCCAUUUGCUGUAAGAGCAGCCUCCGAAGCUUCCGUUUCUGUCACUAGAUUCCAGAGGCUGUUCUUAAUGGAAGAAGUUGAAUUGUGCAUUAACCAUAACACUGACCUGGAAGACAUACUUGAGUUCAGAAGUGCCUAUCUUUCAUGGAUGCCAGCAACAAAAAUCUCAAAGAUCAAAAGUAAAAAUCAGCAAGAAAAGGUUGCAGUAAACAAUUUAAUUAAACAAAAUGUUUCCCAGCAACUCAUUCAGGCAGACCACAAAGAGAGUACACUUUUAAAGAAUGGACAUUUUCUUAUGAAUACUGACUCCAAGCAACCAGACCUGUACACUAAUGGACUGGAUUAUCCCCUGCCUGAGCUUCAGCCUGUGCUUCAUAAUAUCAAUUUCACUUUAAAAAAGGGCAAGCUGGUAGGAAUCUGUGGAAGUGUUGGAAGUGGUAAAAGCUCAUUGAUACUGUCCAUUCUAGGCCAGUUAACCUUGGUCAAGGGUACAUUGUCAGUGACUGGAAGUAUUGCCUAUGUAGCUCAGCAGGCAUGGAUUUUCAAUGCAUCUUUAAGAGAAAACAUCUUAUUUGGGGAGGAAUACGAUGUUGAAAGAUACCAGAAGUCAUUAGAUGCAUGUUGUUUGCAUCACGAUAUUGACAUUUUACCCCAUGGAGACUUGACAGAGAUAGGGGAACGUGGUGUUAACCUCAGUGGAGGACAGCGCCAAAGGAUCAGCCUUGCACGUGCUCUAUACAGUUUGAAAAGUGUGGUCCUUCUAGAUGACCCUCUCAGUGCAGUUGACGUUUAUGUGGGAGCUGAACUGUUCAUCAAGGCAAUUAAGACUGGAAUGAAGAAUAGGAGUAUCCUGUUUGUAACUCAUCAGCUUCAGUACCUCAGGGAAUGUGAUGAAAUUAUUUUUAUGAAAGAUGGACAUAUUGCAGAGCAAGGAGCACAUGAUGACCUCAUGAAUCAGAAGGGUGACUAUGCAGUAUUAUUUCAGAGCAGACAGCAAGAGGAUAUCUUUAAAAAGGAUAUACAGUGUUCUUCAAAGAAACUUAAAAAGUUUGACAGACUUGUAUCCAUUAACCAAACUGUUUCAUUUGUACAUGGCAACAAAGAUAAAGAUUUAUUAUGCAAGACCAAAGAGACUACAAAGGAAGGAGACAUGGGCCUUCACAUAUUAGAGGGAAGUAUAAUGGACAAGACCGGAGAGGAUGUUACAGAGAUGGUAGCCUCAGAGGACAUAAGAGAUGAUAAUAUGCUUGAGGGCUCUCAACAAGUGAGUUCUUCAGACACAUCACUUGAAGCCCAGACAGAUGAAGACAGAAAUGAAGAAGUACCCGUGGAGGAGUCAGAGUAUACAAAUUUAGUCAUUCAUAACUAUAAAAAAGAAGAGGAAGUUCCAGAUGAACUUAUGCAAGCAGAAGAGAAAGGAGAUGGUGCCGUACCUUGGUCAAUUUAUGGAGUAUAUAUUAAAGCUGCUGGUGGACCCUAUCUCUUCAUUGCAAAUCUGGCUCUGUUUGUGUUAACAAUAGGAAGUAUGGCGUUUAGUAAUUGGUGGCUUAGUUAUUGGAUAAAACAAGGAAAUGGGAACACAUCGAUUAGUAUGAGCAACGAGACGGCUGUUCAAAACAGCAGCAUGAAAGAUAAUCCGCAACUGCACUUUUAUAUUUAUAUUUAUGUUAUCUCCAUGGUAUCUGUUCUGUUUUUGAGAUUCUUUCGUGGAUUUGUGUUUGUAAAGAGCACAUUAAGAGCCUCAACAAGACUUCAUGAUCUACUGUUUCAUAAAGUGUUGCGUAGCCCAGUGAAGUUUUUUGACACAACUCCCCUUGGGCGUAUCCUAAACCGGUUCACCAAAGACAUGGAUGAGGUUGAUGCCCGUCUUCCAUACGAUAUGGAGCAACUUAUGCAGAAUUUGAUACUUGUUGUCUUUUGCAUCAGUAUUAUUAGCAUAGUCUUUCCUUGGUUCCUUAUAUCUGUGCUGCCUCUUAGUGCUCUCCUCUAUAUGGUAAACAAAGUUUCAAGGGUGCUAAUACGUGAAUUGAAACGACUAGAUAACAUAAGCCAGUCACCCUUCAUAUCCCAUAUCACAUCCACUUUAAAUGGAAUAACAACUGUUCAAGCCUAUUCUAAAGACAAAGAAUUCCUCCUCAAGUACCAGAAACUUCUGGAUGUUAACCAAGUGCCUUUCUUCCUCUUUAACUGUGCAACUCGGUGGCUCUCUGUUCGGCUUGAUCUGAUUAGUCUUGGAGUUAUUACCCUUACUGCAUUAUGCAUAGUUCUAAUGCAUGGACAAAUAGCACCAGCAUAUGCAGGGCUUGCAAUUUCUUAUGCUGUACAGCUUACUGGACUUUUCCAGUUUACUGUUCGAUUGGCAACAGAGACAGAAGCUAAAUUUACCUCAGUAGAGCGAAUAAAUAAUUACAUUAAGACCUUGGAACCUGAAGCACCUCUCCACAUAAAGGAAAAUAAUCCUCCCAAGGAUUGGCCUCAAAAAGGAACAAUCGUCUUUGAAAAUGUUGAAAUGCGUUAUCGUGAAAAACUACCUUUAGUACUAAAAAAUGUUUCAUUCAGGAUUGAACCACAAGAAAAAAUUGGAAUAAUUGGGAGAACAGGGUCGGGUAAAUCGUCCCUGGGAGUGGCUUUAUUUAGAUUAGUUGAGUUAGCUGGAGGUUCCAUUACUAUUGAUAACAUCUGCAUUAAUGCGAUUGGUCUCAAUGAUUUAAGAAGAAAACUUUCUGUUAUUCCCCAAGAACCAGUUCUGUUUGUAGGAAGUGUGCGGUCAAAUUUGGAUCCAAUGAAUCAGUGUUCUGAUGAGGAGGUCUGGAAAGCCUUAGAAAAAACUCAUAUGAAGCAGCAUGUUACUCAACUAAACGGCAAGCUGCAGGCAGAAGUGACAGAAAAUGGCAAUAAUUUCUCUGUUGGAGAACGGCAGUUACUAUGUAUGGCAAGGAGCUUGCUUCGAAGCAGUAAGAUAAUACUUUUAGAUGAAGCAACUGCAGCAAUUGAUAAUGAAACAGAUGCACUUAUUCAAGAAACUAUUAAAGAUGCUUUUUCUGAAUGUACUGUGCUCAUUAUUGCACAUCGUUUAAAUACUGUGUAUCACUGUGACCGGAUAAUGGUAAUGGACGAUGGAAACAUAGUGGAGUUUGACAAGCCGUCGGUCUUAUUAUCAAAAGAGAAAUCUCUGUUUUACUCUAUGGCAAUGGCAGCAGAAAAAAACAUGCUCUGAAGUCUGAAUAUGAAGCUAUUUAUGCACUGGAAUCAGAUCUACUAAAACCAUGGGAAACUGGAACACUUGAUGCUUACUAUAUAUUUAUUUUGUUUACAAAUGGAGAGUGUUUAAUAAGUAUUUAAAACAUAUCUAUACAUCACAUAUACCUGUACACUUAUACAGCACAGAUUUUUUUUUAUGGAAAAGGUAUGUUUGACCACUGUAAUUUCAUUAACUGUAAUUUCCCAUUAGAAAAAAAUACAUGAAAUAUCUUUGUUAUAUUACAGUGUUUAUUACUUUUUCCGGGGAAGAUUAUUUUGUGCUUAAAUGGUUAUUACAGUAAAAAAAUUACAAACUCUUAUUUGUUAGAGCAUGUAAUUGUAUCACUGUCGACCCUGCAACUAUAUCUGUUUAAAUAACCCUUGCAACAGAGUUAAACACACAGAUAAAGUACCACUCAGGAGCUGCAGUGAAAACUGCACCUGAUACAAUCAGCAGCCCUAGGUGCACAACCCAGCUGUGCAGGGUUGAUAGUGAUAAAAUUACAUAGUCUAAAGAAUGGGUGCAUGUAAUUAUUUUUACUAUAAUAGCCCUUUCAAUAAAUUAGCAACCUAGGCUAACAUAGGAAUUAAAAAUAUUUUUUAAUACAUACUUUAUUUUGAAUGAGUAUAUAUAUAUAUAUAAUUUUAUAUAUAUAUAUAUAUAUAUAUAUAUAUAUAUAUAUAUAUACGCACACAUAUAUAUCGCACAAGGAUUUUCAAGGGCAGAAAAAAAAAAUACAACAUAACAUAUUUAUUUAAAUUACUUUUUUAAUUAAAAUACAAAACAUCAUGCUAUUGCAUAUUAUUUUACUAGUUUAACACUGCCUAAUCUUAAAGUUUAGAAGAGAUUUUAAGAGAUUAAUUUAUUCUUUAUUGACAAAAGUAUAUUUUAAAGGACAUGCAGUUAGUGUAUUUUAUUUAUACAAACAGUAGUUUGUGUUUUACUUGUAUUAUAUUUACAACAUAGGAAACUGCUAAUGUAAAAGGAUGAUUCAUUUAAAAGAAGUCUUUUCUAUUUCAGCCCUUAAGGACUCUACUACCAAGAUUAUUGUUGCAAUGUAUAAGUGGGACAUAAUGUAAAGUACUGUAAAUCUAUAAUUAAGCUAAAGAGAUGUCAUUCCAUUUUGUGAUGUUUAUUUAAUUGUCCUUGUGUUGUUGAUAUAGAGUUUGCAUUCCUGUAUUUUGGUCUGCUUUGCCUCCCUCCUUCUUCCCAUAGAGUAGGAACACUCAUGGGGCACUGCGAGAGACAGAGAGCUCAGAGGUGGCAUCACAGAGAUGAUUAAUAAAUAUUACUUUUAUUUUACAUUUGGGAAAUGAGGUGCUUUCCGUUCUGGGAUUUACCAGUGCUAAAAAUAAAGGGGACUUUCAGUCAUGAAGAAUAACAAACUUCAUGCUUAUAGUUUCUUUAUUUUACUGAAGUUUAUGUGGAGCUGAGCUAUCCAUGGCAAACCUCUAUUUUCUCAAUGAGAACUUUUAGCCAAUAGCGUGCUAGCCAUUUAGUAUAAUGCCGAUUGGCUAGCACAGCUAUUGGUUAAGAGGUAGAAACGUCAUCUUAUAGAAAAAUAGAGCUUUGCCAUGGGAGGUCGGAGGCACUCAGCCCCACAUAAACUUCAGCUAAUAAAAGAAGUUUUUUAUACUUCAUGACUGAAAGUCUCCUUUAUUUGUAGCACUGGUAAAUCUUAGCGUUUCAAAAACUCUGGGAUUUACCAUCACUUUCAAGUGAUAUUCUAGAAUUAGGUAUGUGUCUAUCUAUCUAUCUAUCUAUCUAUCUAUCUAUCUAUCUAUCUGCACUCAUUAAAUUUAACAUCAGUUACAGUAAUUUUUUCCUAUGAGUUACUCACUCAAAAAUGUUAAAAUAUGAUUAGAUAAUUUUCUAAACAGUGUGUGUCAUUAUACUGCAAAUACAUUUUGAUUUCACGUUUAGCAUCAAUUUACCCAAAUUGUUUUCCAAUGCAUAUUUGUAAUUGAUAAUCAUAAAAAAAAAAUUUGUUACAUUUAACAUGUCAUACAUUAUGUAGAAAAGGGGUAGGAAUAAAAUAUCCUACCAUGUAAUAUGAGAUAAAUUUGAGGUGACCAUUAUUUCCAUGACAAUUUACAUGCCAGGUAUAUGCACAAAAAAAUGUUAUUUCAAACAUUGGGUCCUAUGAUACAUUUAUAUGGUUGAAAGGUGAAAAAAAAAACAGAUUCUUUAGAGUUGCGCCACCCCUAAAAUAAGAUCAAGGUAAUUUUUAUUAUUUUCCCCUGGCAACUGGAUGAACUCAGGACAAGUAAUUUGAAAUGGAAAGAUUGCUUCUUUCAAACAAGGGGUCUUAGAUCCCUUUAUGUACUUUGAGGGGUGGGAGGUUUGCUGUCCUAUGAUUUUGUUCCAUAUACAUGGGGAUCAAUCAUUGUUAUUUCAAUGGUGAUUACUAAAUAUCCAAUUGAGUAUAUAACCCCUCUGUUAAAGACGUACCCAGUUCUAAAACUUACAUGAAGUGUUGGAGUCUCUUUUAGAGCCCUGAAAACCUAAAAGUCCCCUACUAGACAGCUGCCAUAUACCUCUUAACUAUUUCUGAAUGGUUGGCUUGCCAGCAAUUGCACAGCCUUUAAGAUGACAGGGUGGUGUAUUGCAGUUUUAUCAUUUGACUGUCCACUCAACUAGAGAUCUAGCAGAUGCCCAAAGGCAGCUGUCCACAUUGCCCUAAACCUGGCAUGUUUUUUUGGCCUUUUGCUCAUGGGUUUGUGCAGUCUACCAAUUGCUGGUGCAUGUAUCCGCUUAUACAGACACAGCCAUGUUAGGACCCUGGCUUUCAUUUUGAAGUAACAUGCUUUGAAGCUAAGAAUAAGUAAUAAUAAGGGAUAUGCUGGAAAUCUAGGUGAGGUUAACGUCUACUGGGUGAUAAAGUUAAACUCCUCCCAAAGCUUUGCUGAGUCUUUGUCCCAAACGUCAAAAGUUGCCAUAAAGAGUCCCUGUUUUUCCAUAGUAAGGCGAGUGAAGGUAUCAUAGUAUGCACCACAAAAUAAACUAGAAUUUGUCUAUAACUAUCAUGUAUUUAAAUUACAUAUUCAGCCCAUGAAAAAAUAGUAAUCAGAAAUCUAUAAUUCUUUCUUUUAUGCUGUAGCACAAGAAGGCAUUGCCCCCCCCCCCACACACCUUUUCCUGUCUUACAUUGGGGGCUUAAAUCAUUACAUGAAAUACAUUGGGGAAAAUUACAUUGUAUAUGUCCUGAAUGGCUGGAGAAAAUGUAACUAGUCUGUGAAACUAAGCAAGAGUUGGACAAAAAUACAAAUUUGAGAACAUUUAAAACAAAUUUGUUUUUAGAUUUGAUGUCAUAGGCGCAGAAAUCAGAACACAAACCUCUAUGAGAUUAGGACUGUCAGAGAUGGCUGCAAGUAAUGUCAUCUGUAUUCUAAGUAUUAGAUCACCUGUAAUCACAAAAUAUUGUACAAAAAAAUAACAUUAUUUAUGUGUGUUAAAAUGGCAUUUGUUAAGUCUAUGUUUUAUUUUCACUUACAGUACUUAUAGUGUUAUAUAACUACUGGGCAUAUUCACCAUGCUAUUCAUUUUCUUCCUCUGCCAGCAGCUAUCUUCAAAGCUGUUCUCUUAAUUUAACCUCUGACAAGCGCUUGUUGGUCAAGCAACAUAUCCUAAUACCGGGCACCGCCAUCUUGGAGGGUAGGUCCUAUUGCACCCUGUGACAAAAAGUAGUUUCCAUUCCCAUAUCAGUGACAUUGCUGGCUUUUUUACAGCUGUAUUGUGUGCAAGAUACAGAGCAGGAACUUUACAUUUCUUGCAGUGGCUACAUUCCUCUAUAUUAUUCAUGUGGCCUUUUUAUGUAAUGUUAUGUAUUUUUUACACUUUUGUAUAAAAACUGUAAAAGAUGUAAAUCUCCCUCUCUGUAUUGUGCUUGCUAACCCAAAGCACAUGAUACAGCUGUUUAACCCUUUCGUGACAGGGUUAAAGUGCCUACAUCGGAACAACUGUUCCGAUGUAGACAAAUUGAAACUACGCGAUCGUGCAUACGAUCGCGAGAUUUCAAUUAUUGGAUCGCAUCUGGGGGGCGUCCCUACAAUCCUAGGAACGCCCUCCAGACCGCGAUUAAAUCCCUGAAGCACAGAAGGCUUCAGGACAGCCGUUAGUUAUGACGUUCCAUUCCGUCAUAACGGCUUUAAAGCCCAGUCUAAUUAUGACGGAAUGGAACGGCAUAACGGCUUUAAAAGGUUAAAAGCUGAUAACAUAAACGAUCUGUGAAUGUUUACUGCCUCUGUCACAGGGUGCAAGAAUACGUGAGCUCCAAGAUGGCAGUGCCCAGUAUGAAAAGACGGAGCAUCUGACAGCUCUGAAGUAAACAGUAGGCACGUGAGGAAACACAAUAGCUUGGUAGCAACCAUUAUAUUGAAGUUGUGUCCAGCAAUUUAAGGUCUUUUUAAACAGUUUCUUUACUAAAAGUAAGCCAAACAGGAAGCAAUGCUGCUAUGCUAUUUUAUUUACAGUAGUUAUAAACAAAUGUCUUAAAAAAAAGUUAAACAUUUGAACAUGGAUAAGUAUUAACUGUGCUGUCAACACGUGUUUCUAACUUGACUAUUUAUUGCAUUAAUAUCUGAGUUUGCAAAUAUCAUUCAUGUUUACAAAGGCCACACCAAAAAAACCUACUGGCAACAGGUUAUGGGUAUAAUGCACUGAACAGCGACAGUUGUUUGAAACACGCACCUUUUGUCAUUUGUGACAAUAUUUGAUGUGAGAAUGCUGCUGUUAAAAAGAUGUGUAACUAUCAUUUUAAUUGUAUUUAUGGUACCAUGAAUAAAAUUUUAAACGAUUAAA